AUAUUUGAUAGGUUUCAUUCCUCUGAGUUCGAGACGUCGCACUGGAUGCUUCGCAUUCCACUUGGGACGAGAAUGACGCGCCACGCCAUAGACCUUCCACGGGCCUCCCGGAGUGUCAGGGAGAGGGAGGAUUUUAGCGAGGCAGUUGCCCACGAUUCCGGUCACGCCGAUCACUAGGCCCACACUUUGGUAGCUUCCUGGUGGUACUGCUUCUUCGGUUUCGUUUAUCUUCUGCAAAAAACAAUAAAAGCUGAGUUAAUUUGCAAAGAAAUAGCAAGUGGGUGUAUUAUAUUGAGAAUAAGCAUUUGGGGAAUAAAAAAAAGUUUUUGCCUUUGUAGCACCAACAGCUCUAGCCCACAACCAGGUGAUCAUGAUUAUGAAAAUAUGGGAGAGGAUGAAACAAAAGGAUGAAAAUUGAAGGAAGAAGAGAGUGAGGUUGGAAGAAAGAGUCCUGCUACUCCCAGUCGAGAGAGGAAGAAAUUGAGUUGCCUUGAGAGAGGAAGAAGAAAUGAGUUUCGGGAAAUGAAUUUCGAAUUGGACCGGAGGCUGAACACGAACCGGUUUGUCAGGUAGAUUUUUGUGUGGAGUGUGAAAAGCUAGAUUGGACUAUGAGUAGAGUUUUCCAUAGUAGUAUAUAUACACCGACUGCCACCACACCAAAUCUCCCUUUCUUAUGACCACGUGCCAGUCAUACUAUCACAAACAAUCACAGCCGUCCAUCAACUCCAAACUCCAAAUCGCCGCACCAAAACCCUUAGCCAAACCCUAAAAUACCUAUCAUCCAUAUUGCUUAGAUCCUUUCUUCUCCGCAGCCCCUAGGGUUUUCAAGAACCACAGCAGCGAAACACACUCAAAGGCUACCAACCAUGGCGGCAACCGUGGAUUCCGUACAGUGUUUCGGCCGCAAGAAGACCGCUGUGGCCGUGACAUACUGCAAGCGCGGGCGUGGACUGAUCAAGAUCAACGGGUGCCCGAUCGAGCUUGUGGAGCCGGAGAUCCUCCGGUUCAAGGCCUACGAGCCCAUCCUCCUCCUCGGAAGACACCGUUUCGCAAGCGUCGACAUGCGCAUCCGCGUGAAGGGUGGGGGCCACACCUCCCAGAUCUACGCCAUCCGCCAGAGCAUCGCCAAGGCCCUCGUCGCCUUCUACCAGAAAUACGUCGACGAGCAGAGCAAGAAGGAGAUCAAGGACAUACUCGUCCGCUACGACCGAACCCUGCUUGUCGCUGACCCCAGGCGCUGCGAACCCAAGAAGUUCGGUGGUCGCGGUGCCAGGGCUAGGUUCCAGAAGUCCUAUCGUUGAGAAGGUCCUACUCGGGACUAAGUUUCACGUGCUUCGCUUUUAUACAACUAUCUAUGUCUGCCUUUUUGUUGUUUUUCGAUCUUUGUUCUAUGAGGGAGAUUAUCAUGGAUUUAAAAUUUUGGCAUGAAUUUUGGAUUUGGUAUUAUUAAGUACUUGGCACACUUUGUUUCGGAUAUUAUCAAAAGUUUUUGAAUUAGGUGUUUUGGGAAA